GUUGUCUAUCAAGUUCCUCUAAAGGAAAAUCACGUCUUGAAGAGAAAUGUGGAUCAGCAGCUAAGGAUUAAGAUUAUAUAUGACAGAAGCGUUGAGGAUUUGUUACCUGAGAAAAGACACCUUAUAAAGAACAAACUUUUUCCACAAGCUAUAUCUUAUUUGGAGAAGACAUUUCAAGUGCGCAAAUCCACGGGUACUAUACUACUGAGCAGGCAGUGUGCGACAAACCAGUAUUUAAGGAGGAAAGCUGACCCUCACAGGUACUGCCGAGGAGCCUGCGCAGACCAUACAAGAUGUGGGCCAGUUAUCGUUCCCGAGAAGCACCUCCAGCAAUGCAGGGUGUGCAAUGAGAAUGAAUGGCCCUGUGGACCCACUGGCUUACCUGACCAAGAAGGUGUUCGAGACGCUGACUUUGUACUUUAUGUUAGUGCCCUCACUACUGAAAGGUGUGGCCAUGAAAAUAUCAUUGCAUAUGCAGCCUACUGCCAACUGGAAGCUGAGAUGGACAGGCCAAUAGCAGGAUAUGCUAACUUGUGUCCAAAUAUGAUUUCAACACAAGCUCAGGAAUUCGUUGGCAUGUUGUCUACAGUAAAACAUGAGAUUAUCCAUGCACUGGGUUUCUCUGCUGGACUGUUUGCAUUUUAUCGUGAUGAUGAUGGAAAACCUUUGACAACAAGAUAUGCAGAUGGACUCCCUCCUUUUAAUGAAAGCCUAGGCUUGUAUCAGUGGAGCAACAAAGUCGUUCAUAAAGCAGUGAGGCUGUGGGACAUACGUGGUGGAAAAAUGCUGCGCCAUGCUGUUUAUCUGCUGAUAACACCUCGUGUUGUUGAAGAAGCUCGAAAACAUUUUAAUUGUCCAAUUCUAGAGGGAAUGGAGCUUGAAAAUCAAGGUGGCAUGGGUACUGAGCUCAAUCACUGGGAGAAGAGAUUGUUGGAGAAUGAAGCAAUGACUGGAUCCCAUACACAGAAUCGAGUCUUUUCCAGGAUCACCUUGGCAUUAAUGGAAGACACAGGCUGGUAUAAAGCAAAUUACAGCAUGGCAGAGAAAUUAGAUUGGGGACGGAAUAAAGGCUGUGACUUUGUAAUGAAGAGCUGUAAAUUCUGGAUCGACCAAAAGAGGCAAAAGAGGCAAUUAAUCAGUCCAUACUGUGACACUUUGAGGAGUAAUCCUUUGCAGUUAACCUGCAGACAGGACCAAAGAGCAGUCGCAGUGUGCAACUUGCAGAAGUUUCCAAAGCAGUUACCUCAGGAAUAUCAGUAUUUUGACAAUCUUAACGGAGUACCAGCAGAAGAAUUGCCUUAUUAUGGUGGCUCAGUAGAAAUUGCUGACUAUUGUCCCUUUAGUCAAGAAUUCAGUUGGCAUUUAAGUGGUGAAUUUCAACGCAGCUCAGACUGUAGAAUAACUGAAAACCAACCAGACCCUACCAAAAACUAUGGUGUAGAGAAAUAUGGACCAAACUCUGUAUGUCUUAUUCAGAAAUCUGCUUUUGUCAUGGAACAGUGCAGGAGGAAACUCAGUUACCCCGACUGGGGUAGUGGAUGUUAUCAAGUUUCUUGUUCUCCACAAGGGCUGCAUGUUUGGGUCAAGGACACAGUGUACUUGUGCAGCCGCUCAGGUCAGGUGUUAACUGUGAGCAUUCAGAUGAACGGCUGGGUGCACGUUGGGAAUCUGAUUUGCCCAGCCUGUGCAGAUUUCUGUGACUCCUGCCCUCCAGAGCGGGAUCCUCCAGCUUCAAACUUCACAAGAGCUGCACCAAUCGACUUAUGCUCCUGCUCAUCUAGCCUGGUUGUAACCCUUUGGCUGUUGAUGGCUAACUUAAUUCCCCUGCUAACAGGGUUAUUUCUCUGCGCCUAGAGUUAAGCACGGGGCAAGAAGAUGUUCCGAGGUGAUACACCAUCAUGUUGCACUCCUUACUGUGGAGCACUGAGUUUUUUUGUCUCUGCAGGCAGCUCU